ACACCGGCUUGAAAACGAUCAUGUUGUCACCUGGCGGGCCGUGGUCUCAGUAAUUGCAGAAUUCGCGGAGGGAGGAUACCGAUUUGGAAUGUUCACGGAUGGGUUGACUGGCGUCUGGCGUUUGUGUGAGAUCCGUCGUCGGCCCAGCAUAUGGCGCGUGCUUGCUUUGUGCGCCUGGCAGCGUUGGGGAUGAUUUGUAGAAUGACAUCGACGUAUAUGAACAGGAGAGCAUGCCAACUCCAGCCCUUUCAAUGGCACAGCCCCUUUCCAAUCACAUGUGGGCACAUAUCAGCAAUUCAUCAAGCAGACGCUCGUCGAUUUCAUUUCCUGCCGUGGUAUGAUACACUCCGCUGGAACGGUGGACGUCUAGACUGCAAGCCCGUAACUCCUUAACCGAACCCUUCACCCAUAUGAAACUCCAGAAAUAGCAGAAUGACCAACCGA